ACAUUCCUCAAUACAGCCUGGUCAUUAGCUCUUCGUUUUAUUUUGAAAUCCACCUCAGAAGGGAUAGCGGAUGUUUCCGGCAGCUGACGGUGUAGCGGCUAGCGGAGUGAACCGUUAUCCGGAUGUAAACACCGACACAAAUCCCGUCAGUGUUCCGUUAACAUCGCGUCAGAGAUGCUGCAGCACCCCGAAGAACCGGAUGUAGGUUUAAAAGCGGAAGCUGAGCUGAGAGCAGCAGACGUCCAGCAGCUGAUGGUGACUCAUGAAGAGGUUCCUAGUGUGGAGCAGGAGAACCCAGAGCUCCUCCACAUUGAAGAGGAGCAGGAGGAGCAGUGGAGCUGUCCGUCAGAAUCAGUUUGUGGACUGAAUCCAGAGAGUUUACAUGUGGACGCUGAGACAGCCUCAGGAUUAAAGAUGGAGGAGAGUGAACCUCAGUUGGUUUUGAAUUCCCUGAAGACCAUUGAAGUCCCUGCAGCUGAUGUGAGAGGAAAGAAAACCUACAGCUGCUCCGAGUGCGGAGAAACAUUUGACCGCUGUCCACACAUGAAGAUUCACAUGAGAACUCACACGGGAGAGAAACCAUCCAGCUGCAGCUUCUGCGAUGAAAGGUUCACGUGGCUCACGCAACUCAAGAGUCCCCAGUGUGUCGGUCUUCAUCCGAGACAGACGGAGGAGAACAGGGAGGCUGAGCCUGGAGAGAGACCGAUCAGCUGCUCAGAGUGUGGGAAAAGCUUCAAACAUGGAGAACACAUGUCCGUCCACACGAAGGAGAAAAGGUUCAGCUGCGACGUGUGCGAUAAAAGAUUCACGUGGCUUUAUCAGCUCAAAAGACACAAGUGUGGUGGCAAAUCCUUGCAGCUUCAUGACCUGUGGACCAAUCAGGAGGGAGAGCAGCUGGAGGAGGCUGAUAUCAAGUUCACAUUGAUUCCUGUCGCUGUGAAGAGUGAAGAAGAUGAAGAGACACCUCAGUCAUCACAGCUUCAUCAGACUCAGACUGAGGAGAACACAGCGAACUGUGGAGGACCAGAACCAGAACCAGCCAGGAACUCAGGUCCUGAGGACAAGACUGAAGACUCUUCUGAAUUUAAAUCGAAAGCGUUUGAUAAAAAAUUGAAGCAGAGAAAGAAACCAUGUUUAAACUUGGUAAAUGAUUCAGGAUGUAACGCUGUUAAAAAAUCCUUCAGCUGCUCCCAAUGUGGGAAGAUCUUUGGCCGGAAGGAACAUUUGCAGACACACGUGAGGAUUCACACCGGAGAGAGACCGUUCAUCUGCUCCGAGUGCGGGAAGACGUUCGGCUGCAAGAGGUCGCUGCUGGGUCACAUGACGAGUCACACGGGAGAGAAGCCGUUCAGCUGCUCUCGAUGUGGGAAACGAUUCGGCCGCACGGUGAAUCUGAAAACACACGAGAGGCUUCACACGGGAGAGAGGCCGUUCACUUGUCCUUUCUGUGCUAAAGGCUUCACACAGAAGGUGCACAUGACUCAACACAUGGCUGUCCACACGGGAGACAAACAGUUCAGCUGCAGCGUGUGCAGUAAAAAGUUCAGGUGGCUUUCUGGCUUCAGACGACACAAGUGUCGCGGCGAGCCGGCGGAGCAGGACGAGGAGAUCCCAGAGCUCGGACUGGGCGACAAACCGUUUCACUGCUGCGAGUGUGGGAACAGGUUCAAUCACAAACACAACCUGAAAGCUCACAUGAGAAUUCACACGGGAGAGAAACCGUUCAGAUGCUCCGUCUGCAGCAAAGGCUUCAUCGCCAGCGGAGCUCUGAAGAAACACUCGAGGACUCAUUCAGGGGAGAAUCCAGAUUCAAUUCACGGCUGAGUAGGUCCAGCUGU